AUGGCGCGCACUCCGUGUCCGCAGGCGCGUCCGGUACGACAGACGCGUCCGCUGCGUCGGGCGGCUCUGUGUCGACGCUGGGGCCUCCACGAUCCACGGGAACGUCAACGUGCACCUGGACCUGAACACGAACGCGCUGAGCGUGGACAGCUGCACCACCAGACGGAGAUCGAGGUGACAGUGGCCAAGUGCGACCCGCACGCGCUGUUCAAGAGCCACGCGGCGCCGUCCAGCAACCGGAACACGCUCCUCUGGGACAUUGGCGACGUGGGGGCGGGCUGGAAGCCUCGAGUUGCCCCAGCGCGUUGGCCGAAGGUGUUCGUGUCGGGUGGCGCUGAGUUGUUCCACCGCCUGGCUGGCGGCCAGCACCGCGGUUGCAUUGUGGACUGGACUCCAGAUCUUCCCGCCGUUUGCUCGCCCAGGAUGCUGCGUCGCUCGGGGACUGCUGAAGAGUCUCACAGUAGCGGCGACGGCGGCGACGUGGGCACGGGAUACCGCGACAGCGCCACCUUGUCCUCAGAAGACUUGGCGGAGGAGCACGAAGCUGCUCCACCAGCGCUGCGAAGUCGUCCUGGAGCUGUGUGUUCACUCCAGCAAGCGUCCAUCACGUCCGCUGAGAGAUCAGCAACCUCCGUGUUCCACGACCAGAGUUUCUCGGGAAGGAAGCUGAAGUUCACCAGAGACUGUGAAAGGCAGCUUGAUCACGGCCGUACGCUGGCCAAAGAGAAGAAGAACAAGAACUUCGAGCGGCUAUCGGCGGCGCCACCCGCCCUACACAACCUUCUCAAUCAGAUGCAGGAGUCGCUGGCAACUCUGGAUACCCGCGAUACCGGGCUGCAGUUCCCAUCGGACAAGGUGCUACCGAAGGCACAAGUGGACGUGGCCAAGGCGUACGAGUCACUUCAAAAGAGACUGGUAGAGCUGCUCGGCAAGCGCUCUAGCACGACUCUCGCGGCGUCAGCAGCGCGCAGGACGCGGGCCAUGGCGCGCACUCCGUGUCCGCAGGCGCGUCCGGUACGACAGACGCGUCCGCUGCGUCGGGCGGCUCUGUGUCGACGCUGGGGCCUCCACGAUCCACGGGAACGUCAACGUGCACCUGGACCUGAACACGAACGCGCUGAGCGUGGACAGCUGCACCACCAGACGGAGAUCGAGGUGACAGUGGCCAAGUGCGACCCGCACGCGCUGUUCAAGAGCCACGCGGCGCCGUCCAGCAACCGGAACACGCUCCUCUGGGACAUUGGCGACGUGGGGGCGGGCUGGAAGCCUCGAGUUGCCCCAGCGCGUUGGCCGAAGGUGUUCGUGUCGGGUGGCGCUGAGUUGUUCCACCGCCUGGCUGGCGGCCAGCACCGCGGUUGCAUUGUGGACUGGACUCCAGAUCUUCCCGCCGUUUGCUCGCCCAGGAUGCUGCGUCGCUCGGGGACUGCUGAAGAGUCUCACAGUAGCGGCGACGGCGGCGACGUGGGCACGGGAUACCGCGACAGCGCCACCUUGUCCUCAGAAGACUUGGCGGAGGAGCACGAAGCUGCUCCACCAGCGCUGUCUGUGUGCUCUUCGGUCUGGCCGCCGACAGCGUCCAUCACGUCCGCUGAGAGAUCAGCAACCUCCGUGUUCCACGACCAGAGUUUCUCGGGAAGGAAGCUGAAGCUGCUGGAUUCCGGUCUUUCGUCGUUGAGUCCGUUUGCGCUUGGGCAGCGUACGCUGGCCAAAGAGAAGAAGAACAAGAACUUCGAGCGGCUAUCGGCGGCGCCACCCGCCCUACACAACCUUCUCAAUCAGAUGCAGGAGUCGCUGGCAACUCUGGAUACCCGCGAUACCGGGCUGCAGUUCCCAUCGGACAAGGUCUCGCAGGCUUCGUCUUCGCCAUGA